GCAGAUGGAAAUAACCGUUUGAAUCGUUGACAGUUGACGAAAGCCAAAUGCGUCGAGGAGCCGGCGAAGGUAAAUGGAGUGGUUUUGUCGAAGGUUUUUCAUUGGAAAGUUUGUGGCCGGACUAACACACACACACACACAUAUAUAUAUAAUUUGGAGCGAAAUACUGCGCCAGCGACAUCUGCUGAUUUUCACGCAAAGGCGGUUAUGUUGCUCGGCUGCUCACCGCUGAAAUUAUACUACUGUAAAGUGCUGCUAUACACCUGCGCAGGCGGAAGUGGGAACCUACGAACUACUCGCUGCACCUGCAACCGGCUUAUAUACUGAAUAUUGCAAUUCAUUUGUUUUUGUUUAUUACGUAUAGUUGUUGUUGACAGCGUUAGAUUAAUAGACUUUGUCGAACUGAUGUUCCUUAUAUACCUAUAAGUACAUACGUAUACGUGCAACUACAAGUGUAAAACAAAAAGGCUCGCCCAGUUGUGCGGGGCGCCUGCGUUGUUUACUUUCGCCUGCGUCGUUGUUUCGGCGCACCGUUUGGAGAGGAAUCAAGACUUUUCACCGGUCAUCGCGGAGCCGAGACGAACAAUGUUUAGCCUUGACAAUCCGACCAAAGUUGACACGGGCUUUUCCUUUCGGUCCAUAUCGCCAUCAGCAUUCACACAUAAACCGGAGGAUGUGACUAAAAAUCCAGGAUGCCAAUUGACUGUUGACAAACCUGCGCUAUUUCAAUUUGGGAAUUCUCAGAGGGAUGCAGAGAAGAAGUUUGAAAAGAAAUUUAAUUUUGUUCUCAAUGUAGAGAAGUCAGAUGAAUCUGGUUCUGGUGCAGACAACAAUAUUACCAGCAUCAAAGAAACUGAAUCAAAAUCAAUUGUCAAGGAGGAAACAAUAAAUGAAGAUACAAAUAAAAAGUUUACAACUCAAAUGCAAGACAAAGAAUCAAGUGAACAGGAACAAAAAUCUGAUGAAGGAAAUGAAAAGACAGAUGAGAUAAGCGUAAAAGUAUUGUUCAAAGAGUUCAAAGAAAUAAUAAACGAAUUCUCAAAGGAAAGAGCCGAAUAUGAAAAAAGAAUCACAGCUUUGGAAGCAAGAAUAGAAGCUCUUGAAACGAGUAGAAGACUUCAAUUAGAUAAUAUCAGUUCUACAGGUAAAGGUGAUGAAGGUCAUGAUACAGUUCCUAUAAAUUGCGCAAAAGAUAUGCCAUUUGCAAUACAGUCAUUGCCAGUUGCAGUACCUUCAUUUAUUUCACCUCAGGCAACUAUUUUUGGAUCUACACUCUUGUACAGUUCAGCUACUGCACCAACACCUAACUAUGUGUUCGAGGCAACAUCAUUUCCUAGUAAAUCAGCUUCAAGUGCUGAAUUGCUGAUACCUAAAAGACAAUUGAAUAACUCACCUUUCUCACUUAGCACUCCAAUGGUUCAAACCAACCUUUUAUCAAGUACAGAAAAUACAAUAUCAGAAGAAAUGAAAAAUAAGGGCAAAGAAAACAAUACUUCUUUAGCAAACAAAGGAAAUGAAGUAAUUAAUACAUCAUUAAGAGUGAAUAAAGGACUAGAAAAAAAGAAACAAAGAACAAGCGAGGCACCAUAUCAUUUAGAACAUCAAACUAAUGAAAGCACAGAGAGAAUACCAAGUCUGGAUAACUUUAAAAAAUCGAUUGAAGAGUCUUUUCAAAAAGCUAUGAGAGAUAUUUUUACAGAGCUUAAGGAAACUUUGGAAAGUGUGUACGACAAAAAAAAUUGAAAGCGAAAAAUUGUGUGUCAUUUAUGUGACAAAAUUUUGUACAAAACUCGAGUUCGUGAAAUAAUUCUAUGUCCAGUUUGGAAUACAUAUAGUAAUGAUUAGUAUUUGACAGUAUUCUAAUUAUAAGUUUCAGUGAUCCAACAAAUACUUAUAUUCUUUUUUUACAAUCAUAGUUGGAAACAUUAGAAAAAAUUAAUCUGUAAAAUAAAUGUACUACACAUUUCCACAAGAGGCUUGAUACAUAUGUAUUUCUAUGAACACUGUAAUAUACUUGCUGAGAAAAUGAGUAAUAACGCGAGUAUGUGUAAUUAAUUUAUAACAAAGUGUAACCUAUAUAAAUGUCAACGUUAUUGUCAACAA